AGCUGACACUUUGCCAGAGUGGAUGCGCUGAGAGGUGUAUUAGAAGUGAUAAUGAAGAACACACUUCCACUUGAGAACGAGGCAAUUAAAGUGGGGGUGUAAACAGCCGAGGGAGCAGCGAGUGUGACUUCCCUCGGGAGGGAAUCACCAACAUCCCUCACACCUGAGAGGUCUGCGGAGGACUCUGGCUCUGAUGAGGAUUCCUGGUGACAGUCUGCGAUGGGGAGGUGUAAGACGAGGAACUGGAGCCCGAGAGCAGCCGCAGUCACUUCAGCUACCUCUUAUGUCUCUUCAAGCCAGUUUAAAACUGACUCGCCUGGCUCUGCAAUGUCCCAGAAGCCCCAGAAAAAUGCCCAAACUGCACAUUACAUCGAGCUGGGAGGUUACCAGUACUGGCCUGUGCUGGUGCCCAGAGGCAUCAGGCUGUACACGUACGAACAGAUCCCGGUUUUCCUGAGAGAAAAUCCGUACAUCACAGACGGAUACAGAGCCUACCUGCCAUCCAGGCUGUGCAUCAAGAGCCUCUUCAUCCUAUCCAAUGAGACGGUGAAUAUCUGGAGCCAUCUGUUGGGCUUCCUGCUCUUCUUCUGCGUCGGCGUGUACAACAUGGCGUCGGUGCUGCCCUCCAUCCAUGCCUCCAGGGAGGAUUACGUCAUCUACUCCAUCGGGCUGUUCUGCUUCCAGCUGUGCAUGCUCUGCUCCGUGGGUUACCACCUGUUCUGCUGCCACCGCUCGGAGAAGACCAGCCGCCGCUGGAUGGCGCUGGACUACGCCGGCGUUUCCAUCGGCAUUCUGGGAUGCUACGUUCCAGGAGUGUUUUACACUUUCUACUGUAACAACUACUGGCGGCAGGUUUACCUGGUGACGGUUCUGGCCAUGAUCCUGGCCGUCUUCUUCGCCCAGAUCCAUCCUCUCUACCUCAGUAAGCAGUGGAAGCAGCUGCGCUCGCUCAUCUUCUGCUCCGUGGCCGGAUACGGCCUCAUCCCGACGCUCCACUGGAUCUGGAUCACCGGGGGAUUCUCCUCUCAGCUCGUCCAGGCUUUUGUUCCACGGAUUCUUGGGAUGUACUUCAUCGCGGCGUUGGCGCUUAUUUUCUAUGUUUCUAGGGUUCCAGAGCGAUAUUUCCCAGGUCAGCUGAACUACCUGGGCUCCAGCCACCAGGUGUGGCACCUGCUGCUGGUUCUGAUGUUCUACUGGUGGCACCAGUCGUCGGGUUUCAUCAUGGCGUACAGACACAGUCAGCCGUGUCCCGCCGCUCCUCAGCACACUUAGUUCACAGCGCGACACGCCGAGUUCCUGAACGAAUGACCUUUGACCCGAUGGCUUUUACCUGUGAUUUGGAGCAGGAUGAUCAGCGGCGCUGCAGCACAGGAAGCGAGGUGACAUGAACGCAUCACCACCAACAGGAACAAAUUAACAGGAAGCUCCUGGUUCUCCAAGUGCCUGUAAAUGAUGUAGCAUCAAAUGUUUCUGGAUGGGGAAACUUAAAACUGCAGAUUUUUUGAUGUUUUUAACAAUAUCAAGAAGCAAAAAGUGAGCAUGUUAAAGCAAUUAAAACCCCAAAGACUUGUUGUUCAGCAGCUUCUUUCAGAACUGUUGUUAAUCAGAUUUUUAUGUUUUAUUUGGGAAUCAGUCAAUGUUCUUAAACUCAUUUUAGCAGGGCGUAACGAGCAGCUCUGCCUCUAGAGGUCACUAGUGAGACACAACAGUGAUUUAAGUGGCAGUAUUAAAACUACAUUCUCUGUCCUUUUAUAUUCAUUGCUACAAUUCUGUAUUUGGUUCAUAUGUGAGGAUGCUUUAGGAGCGGACAAGAGAGAAAAAAAAUCAGUGUUUUCAGAUGUAAUACUGUAAAAUAUGAUAUUCUAGCUCCCUUAGGGUGAUGUGCAAUGUUUUACUGUUUUAGUAUUUUAAAUGACUUCAUUCCAAAAUCCAGCACCUACAUGUUAAACCAGCUUUUAUGUACAUUACAUGAAUGUUUUAUCUCUUAAAAACAUUUGAUUAUAUUUAGACUUCAAAUUUGACCUCAGCAAAAAUAUAAAAACACUAUAUUAGUCUAAUUAUAAAUCAGUUCUUAGCCUUAAAAUAAACCAUCAGAUCUUCAGAGGCUUACAAACGGCUGUUUUUAGGGUUUUCUGCAAUGGCAGAAGAGUGCAAACGCACAAGACAUUGGCUGUUACACAUACAAUAGAAGCAAAAACCUUUAAAUCCACUAAAUAAAUGCAAACGAAAACUGUUCCAACUACAGGAAAUGGAAACAAAAUGGGAAAACUCAUUAAAAAAAGCUGUAAACUUUCUCCAUAAAAACAAAAGUGCUCCAGACCACUAGGUGGAGUAUGGAGUAGGUGAUUUUUACCUACAUAAACCCUGAUGUUCAAUAAUAUUGCAAAAGACUGCAUUUUUCAAAAAGUGUAGCACACCUUUUCUUUUCUGCACAUCCCGACUUUACUCUGCAUUUGGUCCAAGACCAUUUGUUCGUCUCCCCCUAGUGGUCCGGGGGACUUCAGUUUUGUAACACAAGUUUGCAGUAUUUACGUUUGCACCAUUAUAGUUUCACAUAAACAGAAACAUUAUCGGUUUAGUGAUUAUAACGAAAACCUUUGGCGAUGGAGGCGGGACAAGAUGUUUGGUGUCUAUAUUUACGUCUUCAGACAUUUAUCUGCACUGCAUUUUCUACAAUUUACCCUGAGCUUUAAAGAAAUGGGAAUCUCACUCAAAUUUGGAGGAAGAGGUUAAUUACUUGAAGCGCUAAAAAGGAGAAUAAGUCACUACACUCCUUAUUCAUGCAGCUUUUUUAGCAAAUAUUUUCCCUUACAAUUUUAAAAGUCUUAGUGAUUUAAUAGCGAUUAAGUUAAAUGGCAGCAGACUCAUUUUGGAAUGACAUUUGAUACUGUUUUUAAAUUAUUAAUGGACUUAAACUGUACUGUUUGUACAUUUGUCUUUUAUAUCUGCAACUUGUAAAUAAGACUUCUUUUUUCCCACUUUGGUUAUUAAAAGAGAAGCUGUGUAGCUACGUUUGUUUUUAAGGCUGUUUAAUACAAUACGCUUCACGUUUGUCUAAUAAACUGUUCAAUAAAAUCCAA